AUGGCUUCCAAGGACAACCAAGGAUCGGGAGCAUUCAUCCGCAGCGAAAGUGCUUUCCGCAGUUUCAUCGCCCCUGACGCCAAUGCUCCUUUUCCGGCAGAAAAGGGUCGCUAUGCUCUGUACAUUUCGCCCACCUGUCCUUGGGCACAUAGAACCACCAUAGUCCGCGUUCUCAAAGGACUCGAGGACAUUGUUGACCUGUACGAACUCCAUCCAUCCAUGGGCCCCAAGGGCUGGUACUUCAGUGGUGAAGGCUCUUCCCUCCCUGCCGACCCAUUGUACGGUUUAAAGUAUCUUCCCGACCUCUACAAGAAGGCCGACCCCUCCUUCACCGGUCCCUUCACAGUUCCCAUGCUCUGGGACAAGAAGCGUGAGACGGUAGUCAACAACGAAAGCUCCGAAAUCAUCCGGAUGCUCACCACCGCCUUUGACCGCGACCUGCCCCAAAAACUACAGGAAGUUAACAAGCCAGGGGGCGGACUGUACCCAGAGCACCUACGCUCUUCCAUCAACGAGACAAACACCUGGAUCUACAACUUGAUCAAUAACGGAGUGUACAAGACAGGCUUUGCUACCACCCAGAAGGCUUACGAGACGAAUCUAUACCCGCUUUUUGAAGGGCUUGACCGUGUCGAGCAACUCCUCUCGUCCCCUCCACCCAGUGAGGCCGACUCGCAAGGAACAAAGCCGAGGAAGUACCUCCUAGGGGACAGCUUGGACCGAGGCUGA